UCGUCGCUGUUAUUCCGGAUUGCUUCCGCGCAGCAGCAGUCGUGCUCCAACAACCUCACCGUCACGUACCCCGCGCCAGUGGCGGCGAGCGGCUGGCAGUUCCGCCUCGUUGCGAAUGGCUUCACGAGGCCGCGCGGCAUUGCGUUUGACAGCGACGGGGGGCUUCUGGUGGUGGAGUCGGGCGCGGGGGUGACGCAUUUGACGCUGGACGAUGAGGGCGGGACGUGUCUGACGGCGAGGAGCAAGAAGAGGCUGAUAGCGGAUGAGAAUCUCAACCAUGGACUCGCUCUCUCGGGCGACGGCAAGACCAUCUACGUCUCGUCGCCUGAAAGCGUCUUCUCCUUUGCCUACGACAGCCAGGCCGUCUCGGUCGAUCUCUCCUCCAACCUCACCCUCGUCACUAAGAUGAGCAACUCGGACCACACCACCCGCACGCUUCUCGUCUCCAAGAAACAGCCAGACACGCUCCUCGUCUCCCGCGGCAGCAACUCCAACCAGGACUCAGACGCCGCCAACAUCGACAGUGGACACUCGCAGAUUCGCAGCUACAACAUCUCACGCAUAAGCAAAGGGGAUUCGCCGUUUGACUUUCUCGAUGGCCAUGUUCUUGGCUGGGGCUUGAGGAACUCGGUCGGUGUCGUUGAGCAUCCUUCCACGGGGGGUAUCUGGUCUGUAGAGAACUCUGUCGACCAGCUGCAGCGUCAAGGAAAGGACAUACACCAGAAUAAUCCUGGGGAAGAGCUCAACUACCACGGCAUCUUGGGCUCUGGCGAUCAUCAGGGGGGCAACUAUGGCUAUCCGUACUGCUACACCGUCUGGUCGACGUCGGGGUUUCCUGAUUUGGGCGAUCUCGAGAUUGGAGACCAGUUUGCUCUUGAUGACGCACCGUCUAAUGUUACAGACUCGAGCUGUAAUACCGAUCGUGUAGCUCCUCGUGUUGCUUUCCAGGCUCAUUCGGCUCCUUUGGACAUCAAGUUCAAUUCUAAUGCCUCGGAGGCUUUUAUUACUUUCCAUGGCAGUUGGAAUCGGGAUGACCCCACGGGGUAUCGCAUCGUCUCCAUCGCCUUUGACUCCAACGGCCAGCCUACCGCUCCGCAGAAUAGCACUAACGCCGUCACCGACAUCAUCACCAAUGCCAAUCUCACCAAUUGCCCCGACAAGUGUUUCCGUCCGGUGGGCCUGGCAUGGGACUCGGCUGGUCGACUGUGGUUCUCGUCGGACACCACCGGAGAGGUGUUUGUCCUGGAGCGGACAAACAGCAGCAGUAAUGGGACUACCAGUGGCGGCUCGGGUGGUUCUUCUGGUGAAGGCGGUAACGAUAAUGCAGGCAAUAGUUUGAUCUUGGAGAAGCCUGGUGUAGUGGCAGUUGCUCAAGCGGCGGCUGUGGCUGGG